GGGCGGGGCCGACAAGGGGAAGGGGUGGGGCCUGAUCGGGGGCGGGGCCAUCGAUGGCAGGCGCGCGCAGAGAUCGCCGAGCUGUCGAGCAGAGGCCGCCUUCUGGAACCUCAGAGCUGGGCACCAUCUGCAUUCUGAGGACGAUCUGGGGAUCUGUUUUUUUGACCAUCUGUUCUCGUUCAAUCACGUGAAGCCUGGUGGGACACUGCGAUGGCUCAGAUGACUGAUGCUCAUCGACGGUUCUUGCAGGUUCUGAUGUCCAAGGGGAUAACAGAAGGAUCAGAGGCCAGGAAAUUACACCACCACUGCUGUGAAACUGAUAAAGUUUACUAUGCACACGAUAAACUGGACGAUUUCAUCAGCACUAUUAACAGGCACCUGCAGCCUUUGUUUAUGCAGGUCCGGAAAGGAAUGUCAGAAGAGGAUGGGAGAGCCCAUUAUGCUGUAGUGAAUUUGGCAGAAACUGAAAUAACUAAAAUGGCAUCUGACUAUACGGAAAUUGAAUUAGAGUUGUUCAGAAAAACAAUGGACCUAAUAAUUUUAUCAGAAAAUGGCUUUGCCUCAUCUACAGAUAUUUUAAACUUGGCUGACAAACUUAAGACAAAGAAAAUGAAGAAAAAGGAAGCAGAACAAGUGCUGAAAGUUUUUGUGGAGGAUAAGUGGCUCUCUGAGAAAAAUGGAGAAUAUACUCUGCAUACUCGUUGCAUAAUUGAAAUGGAACAGUACAUUCUCAGCAACUACCAGGACGUGGCAAGGAAAUGUAACAUCUGUCGCAGCCUCGCAGUCCAGGACAGGUUAGAAAGAUUUUUUUUAAUCAUCACUCCUGGAUUUCAGAGCCAAGUAUGUGAAUCCUGUGGAAUUGGAAUGCAUUUACCUUGUGUCAGAAAGUACUUCAAAGCUCAGACUGAACCCCGUUGUCCGAAGUGUAAUGAAUACUGGUCUUGUGACAUCCCAGGUAUGAGUCGGAUGACCUCCCAGUCACCAUAGAGCUCCAUUCUCAGCCCUAGGUGAUGCCAGUAGAACUUGCUGUCAGUGACAGCUGUUUUCACUCACUCUGGCAGAACAGCCAGACUGUGUUGUAUUCAUUAGUAACAGUGGCCAGUGUACUUAUUUUCUGAAGUUCUAAGAAUCUUAUAAUAAAACUAUUGUUGACCUUCCUGUUCUCCUUCACA